CAAACCUAUAGUUUGGUAAAUACAUGCAUUUUAUUUGCAAAAACAAUUUUAGAAUUGUCCAAAAUGGAUAACUUUAAUUCUACAGAGCACCGUACUAAACUCAAGCACACCAAAUGUUUUGCAUAUCCAGAAAUGAGGAACUGGGUAGUAUGGAUGGACAGUCGCUUCAAAAGAGAGGGGUAGUUGUUAGAAUACAGGAGUAUGUUUGAAGUUUGAACCCUUGAGUGUAAGAUAAUGGCAGAGGAUCACCACUGUACAGAGAAAGGUGCCUUAUGGUCCAAAGGUAAUUUUGUACAUAUGAUAGCCAAGCAUAUAUAUAUAUAUGUGUGUGUGUCUUAUGUCUAAGAGACCGAACACAAGUAAUCAGCAAGUGGAAUAGCAGCUGGCAGAGAUGCAGUGGACGUAUUCAGUUGCCUGUUUUGUGGUAACGUCAGCCUUUGUCAUAGUCCCAAACUGUGUGGCUCAGGCUGUGACCUCAGGGGCAACUGUUGAUCCAUUGGAAACUGAGAAAACGACCCAGUAUUGGAACAACCAGGCCAAGGAAACUUUGAUUACAGCUCUAAAUCUGACACCUAUCACCAACCGGGCCAAGAAUCUCAUUCUGUUUCUUGGAGAUGGAAUGGGCGUCCCCACCAUAACGGCAGCCCGCAUAUACCAGGGGCAACUCAGAGGAGAAUCUGGAGAAGAAAAUAUUAUGACAAUGGAAAGGUUUCCUCAUGUGGCACUUUCAAAGGUAUACAAUGUAGAUGCUCAGGUUCCAGACAGCGCAGGUACAGGGACAGCGUAUCUGUGUGGAGUGAAGACCAACAGCGGAAUUCUGGGUUUAACCGCUGCUGCACAAUACGGGGUCUGCAACUCCAGCCACGGGAAUGAGGUGAAAUCCAUACUACACAGAGCCAAGCAAGCAGGUAAAUCUGUGGGUAUUGUUACCACCACUCGUGUACAACAUGCUUCUCCAGCAGCAUCCUACGCCCACAGUGCAAACCGUGAAUGGUAUUCUGACAAUGAGAUGACUUCAACCAUGAUCAACAAUGGCUGUAGAGACAUUGCAUACCAGCUGGUGCACAACACAGAUAUAAAUGUCAUUCUAGGAGGAGGGAGAAUCUACAUGAACCCAAAGGGGACACCAGACCCCGAAUACCCAACUAGCUUAUCGAGCCAAGCUGUCCGAAAAGAUGGUCUGAAGCUGGUAGACAUGUGGCUAAGCAAGAGAGAGAAUGCCAGAUACGUGUGGAAUAAACAAGAUUUUGAGUCGGUGGAUGAAAAUACAACAGAUUACCUAAUGGGGCUGUUUGAGCCAAAGGACAUGAAGUAUGAGCUGAGUCGUAACCCUGCUACAGAUCCAUCACUCGCUGAGAUGACUGAGAAGGCCAUCAGGAUUCUGAGCAGGAAUCCAAACGGCUUCUUCCUCUUUGUAGAAGGUGGUAGAAUUGACCAUGGUCACCAUGAUGGGAAUGCCAAGCAGUCAUUGACUGAGGCGGUGGAGUUUGAUAAAGCUAUCAAAAGAGCUGGGGAACUCACAGAAGAAUCUGAGACGCUGACUGUGGUGACUGCCGACCACUCGCAUGUCUUCUCUUUUGGCGGCUAUACAGACCGUGGCAACAGCAUCCUUGGACUGGCCCCAUUACGUGCCAAUGAUGGCAAACCCUACACCAGCGUGUUAUAUGGCAAUGGACCUGGGUAUAAGAUUUCAAAUGGCGUACGAGAGGAUAUCACCAACAUUGAUAUAAAAUCGGACAAUUAUAGACAGCAGGCAGCAGUCCCACUUGUAUCUGAAACACAUGGCGGUGAGGAUGUGGCUAUCAUGGCUAAAGGCCCCUUUGCCCACCUCUUCCACGGCAUCCAUGAGCAGAGCUAUAUUGCUCAUGUUAUGGCAUACGCAGCCUGUCUGGAGCCCUAUGCAGACUGUAAUGUGGGCGAUGUAAAGUCAGGCUCUACCAUCAACUUAACCACCUUGCUGCCUUUGCUCACCACAUGGAUAACUCUAGUGCUCUGUUGGUAAUGGCACAUGUGUAAUCAUUAUUUUCUUGAAUAGUUAAUUGUAUGACAAUGACUUUAGUAUUUUGAUCUAAGGUUCCCAGAUACUGCCACAAAAUCAGAAAGAUAUUUCAAUAAUAGUCCGAAUAUAAGAUUAUAUAUUUCAUCAAUAAAAUGCUUUCAUUUUAAAA